AUGGCAACUGUCGGUUGUUCCAACUCCAGUGACAUAUGUAGUGAUUUCAAUGAGAUAAAUGGCGAUCCACACAGAAUUUGGCUAGGGUGUCUCCCGACACGUAUUACGGAAUUUGCGGUUUUGCAGCUAGCUAAACAAUUCGGAGAAUUAUCCGAUUUCCAUUUUCCUGUGCAUAAGACUGGUGAUCUGCAAGGAUCUACAGUUGGUUAUUGUUUUUUGACAUACAGGUCGGUGGAUGAUGCUAAGAAAGCUUGGAAAGUGUUGGAUGGUUUGAAUUUUCAUGGAUAUACUUUGGUUGCUAGACCGGCUCGGCCAACUCGAGACGAAUUGACCGUUGCACAACGCUCAUAUGAUGAAGCUUCCAGACUUAGAAUAAUGGAAGAAACUAUACAACGUGAAGCUCAACUAGCAGCUGUGAUGGCCAUGUGUGAUUCUUCAAGUGUUUUAUCUAGUCGUACUGAAGACCCGUUUAGUGGAACAAUUUCUGACGAACAGCUAUAUCCUACUCCGAAAAUAUCUUCCUACUCGAACUACCCGUCUGUUUCAUCUUCCCAUGUUCACAUACCUGAUUUAUACGGAAAACAUGGCCUAAGCCAGAAUUCUCAAACAAGUUCCAAGAUAAAUUCUCAUAAUUUAACUUUGAAAACUUCUUCGUGCAACACAAAUCACCAUCGUCGUUCAAAAAAUCAAAUAGAAACCAAAACAGCUAUACAUCUAAUUGAAAGGGCUUUAAAAAAUUUGGAAAAAACACCAAUCGAUGGUAUAGCAUCAUUAAAACCAAUUACAAAUGGUCAUACUAAUCCUUAUUCUGAUGUAUUAAUAUUAAAAUCAACGAAUCUUGUAAAAUGUGACAAGAAUAAUCGAGUUCAUUAUUCUACAUCGUCACCAUCUAUAUCGUGUUCUAGGCGAAUAACUAUCAGAAAGACACAUGAUAACAAUACAAAAAAACUACAUGCACUCCCUCGUCAUCAUCGAUGUACUGAAUCAAAUGAUCAACUGAUCCAUAAACGUGAUUUUAUUGCACAUCCUAUUUAA